AUGAUCAAGGCUUUUUUCAUUAUCAACAACAUGGGAAAAAUCCGUUUGGUGCGGUUCUAUAACCACGCAAAGGAAGAAGAACAACAGAAAGUCGUGAGAGACAUGUAUGCCCUUAUGUGCAAAAGAACUGGAAAAUCGUGUAACAUCAUUUCUGUCCCUCAAUCUAUUUGGGGAGAAAAGGGAAUUACUGCUGUGUGUAGGACGUACGCAACACUCAGCUUCGUCUGUGUCUUCGACGAUAAUGAAAACGAGCUCUUCAUCCACUCUCUCAUUCAAAAAAUUGUAGAAGUUCUUGAUAAGUGUUUUGAAAACGUCUGCGAGUUGGACCUUGUAUUCCACGCUGAUAGAGUACAUUAUGUCCUCAAUGAAUUCAUUCAAGCGGGUUUGAUACUUAAUAUAGACACGGACAAUAUCGUCAAAGUCCUAACGGAACAAGCCACACUCGAGAAAACAGACGCCCCGGCCAUCAAACAGACUGCUGUGAACGUUUAA